UUGUAGAGGUACCGAGGGUUAACACCUACGGCGUAUUCAAUAUUAUAUUUGUAUUAUGAUGCAUUACCAUAGUCCGUGAGCAGAUAUUGAAAUCCCUUUUGACACUACCUAGAUAAGGACAGGUCGGCAACUGUUCUCCCAUGAACGGCGCAUGGUAGUCCUCCACAUCCGCCUUAUCCUCAAACUCGUCAUAAGCCGAGUCAUUAUUAAGCAUAAAGAUAAAUCGGAAUUGACCCAAAAACAAAUGACCCGCCCGGUGGGAGUGCAGAAGCAUAUAUAUAACACGCUGCAUGAAAAUUAGCUUAAAGCAGCUGUAGAUAUGUAGAUGACUAGACGGCAGCGAAGUUGCCCACGGGUGACCGUAGGUCAACAUAUCGCCGACGAAAAGUGUGCCUAUAAAGCGGCUCCGUGCCAGAUCAACCAUAUUGGGCGGGAUAUAGAUGCCGGUUAUAUCGAGGCCGAUGUCGGCUAUCAUUUGUGCGACAGAGAUCCCGGUGCCGCAACCGGCGUCGAGGAUGUGGGAGCCGGCCGGGGUUUUGGAGAUGGCUUUCUGUAUGCAUACGGGUUCGAAGGUGUUGGGGCACACAUGUGUAUUGUAUUGAGGAUAGUUAGGCUAGUGCUAGUGGGCUGGAACCAAGUAGUGCUGGUAGCUACGCACGAACCACCUAUGACAGUCGGGUUUCUUGCGGUAGGCAUGCUCGUAUUCUAUUUUGAGACCCUUGAAGGUCUGGAGGUCGGCCGGAGAGCUUGGUAUAGAAUGUUGCGGGCAAUCUGGAGAAAGUAGUCGGUGGAGAGAAUUGAAUAUUCGUUCGUACAAAGGCUUCGUAAGGACCUCUAGGCCUACCCAGCUUGUGCGAAACGUUAUUCGUAUAUCGAUUUCCCCAGUAUCGCGACGUGCGCUCCAUAUAUA